UUGACCUGAGCGUUCCGUUUGAAAACAUGGCGCCUGCGGGCCUGCAGUUGGUUCUGUGCGAGGAGAGGAUCCGAGAGAAGAGCGGCCUGGCGGCGCACCGCGACCUGGGUGAACUUCGAUCAUUAUCUCUUCCUGGAACUUACCAAGAAAAGAUUACGCACCUAGGAAAUUCUUUGAUGCAUUUAACGGGUCUAAAAUCUUUGGAUCUCUCACGCAACUCGUUGGUUAGUCUAGAGGGCAUUCAGUAUCUGACUGCGUUGGAAAGACUCAAUCUCUACUACAACUGUAUUUCCUCAUUAGCAGAAGUCUUUCGGCUCCGCUCCUUGUUGGAGCUCACAGAUGUGGACUUGCGGCUGAACCCCGUCGUAAAGAACGAGUCUGAUUAUCGCCUUUUUGUUGUGCAUAUGCUCCCAAACCUCAGACAGCUUGAUAAUCGCCCCGUAAGAGAGAAUGAACGAAAAGCAUCCCAGCUGCACUUCACUUCAGAGGAAUCGCUUGCCUCAAAGCAUAGUUUCCCAGCUGCUUUGAAAGGUGGAAGACCCUACCACUGCAGAGCCAAACACGCCGACUCCUUGUCUAAGUGCUUGGUCCUGGAUGCUGACGACGAGGCUGUCCUGAACCUCAUCGCGGAGUGUGAGUGGGACCUGAGCAACCCUCCUGGGAGCACAGGUUCCAGCCAGAGGGAGCGAGAGACGGACUUCCCCAGCUCACAAGAAUCCAGGCCUGUGCUGAGUCCGCAGUCAGCGCAGCAUCAGUGUGGUGAUUCCAUACAGAAGGGACCCGAGAGGAAGAAGAGCAGCUUCAAAGCAUGUUUUCCUGAGAAGCAGCUGCAAGGCCACUGCUGCAGCGAGGAGCCUGAUGCCCACCCCGCCUACCUGCCGCACUUCUUCUUCCCCCAGCAGCCAGACUCUGCGGACACAGAUGACGCAGUCACGUCUUCUCAGAAGUCCAGCGAGUCGACACAAAAGGCGGUACAUCCUUUCUGGGGCUCAGGUGAAGCUGAUGGGGCUCAGGUGAUAGGUGUUUCUGAAAAGUACAGGAAACAAAGGAUGCCUGGUGGGAGGUCCCAGGUGCCUCUGGACCAGGAGUGCCCAGGCUGCCUGGCGGGGGCUGGCAGACCCCUGAGGUCCACGGAGAGCCUCGCCAGGCUGGACAGCUCAGAGAGCACCAGUGAGAGGACCUGUGUGCACCCUGAAAUCAAGGUGCCCAAGGCUGAGGAGCUGCGACCUCGAGGUGCGAACGUUGCCAGAGAGCACGUGGCGUCCCCGCCUGGGAGGACUUCAGCCCUGGAGACAGCACUCCUAGAAGCCCUCCUGGACCUGGUGGACAGGCAUUGGGGCGGCUGCAGGUCCCUGCAUGGCAAUGAAGCAUUCCUGGCUCAGGCAAGACACAUUUUGUCAUCUGUUCAAGCACUCCCGUUGGCUCAGGACAAGGCAGUGCUCGAGAGUGAGGAGAUCAGCUACCUGGCCCUGGAGAAUGAGUCUCUGCGUGGCCAGCUGGCUGAGCAGCAGCAGCAGCACAGCGCCAAGAUGAGUGAGGCCCGGCUGGAGCUGGAGGCUGUGCGGAGCGAGACGGAUGACUUGAAGCAAUGCUUAGACAAGUCUCUGGAGGAGAACAGCAGCUUGAAAUCUCUUCUGUUCAGUAUGAAAAAAGAAGCAAAAAGCGCAGACACUGCUGCAACGUUGAACGUGCAGCUUGCUGGACUUCAGACUAGUGUGAAGAGGCUGUCUGGUGAGAUUGUGGAGCUGAAGCAGCACUUGGAGCACUAUGACAAGAUCCAGGAGCUCACCCACAUGCUGCAGGAGAGCCACAGCUCCCUGGUCAGCACCAACGAGCACCUGCUGCAAGAGCUGGGCCACAUGCGGGCACAGCACCGAGCCGAGGUGGAGCAGCUGCACUGGAGCUACCAGGAGCUCAAGAAGACCAUGGCCCUGUUCCCACAUCGCAGUGCCGGCCCCGGAGGCUGCUAGAGCUACCGCCGCAGUGACGUGCGACUAAAAGUCACGAGACCGCGCCCUUGGUGUCUUUAACUGGUUCAUAUGUUGGGAGAGUUGUCUCUCCUGUCUGUAAUUUUCUUAUGGUUUUGGAAAUGUAUUUAGGGCCCAAACCUCAAUUUUCUAAAAGAGGGCCCUUAGCUCAGUUUGAGACCAUACGCUGACAUAUUUUGAGAUAAAGGGACCAUUAAUUUUCAUCAGCUAUUUUCAGAUGAAGGGAAUGCAGUGUUUUCUGCCUAAAGUGAAAAGGAGCUGUGUGAUGGCUGGAGAAAAUACUUUGUUGUGCAACAAGCAAUGCUUAUUUAAUGAACUAACAUGUAGUUCUGAAAAGUUCACCUGUGAAGUGGCUCCUCGUAAGUCAUAACUGAGUUUCUCCUGGGAUUCUUUUAUAAAACAAGCACCAUUUAGGUGAGCAGGAAUAAACACGUUUGAAGACUUAAGAAAAGGAACGAUUAUAUAUGUGGGAAAUGUACCAGUUUUGUUUUGUGGUAUUAACAUGUCACAGUAAAAAUACCUACACGCGUCCUGGCUCUCUCUUUUGCUUGUAGUAGGUUUCUGAAAAUUAUGUUUUAACAACACAUACAACUAGACUUUUAGUUUGAACUCUUCAUAUCUGGAAUCAUAAUAUAUUACUUAAUACUUGGUUUCCUUGGUAAAAGAAGGUAACCUUUUUAAACGAUGUUUAGUUGAUUUAGGAAAAGUGAGCUCAUGCAAAAAUAAAAUGCUCUGAGCUGGCUGUCUGUCAGAAUUUUAUCCGGGGGGUGAAUAAGAAAUGGUAGCCAGGGUCUCCCCUACAGAGAAGGAACCUCUGGGCUUCGGGCUGUCCUUCUCAGGGACCUCUGUGUGGUCAUGGCAUGUCCAGCAGCACCUGCUUUUGUAACUUACCAGAGAAGUACGUCACCCAGAUAAAUUUGUUCUGGGAGAGGGAGGGUUUCUUUCAUCAUUAGAUCAUUUUUAUCUAUAAAAAAUAAGAUUUUAAUAUUAAUCCACUUCAAGCUUUUUAAAAAAAUGAUCACUAUGUCGUUUGUUUAUGUUUCUCUUGUUUGGGUUUCCUUGAGCUUCUUAGAUCUGCGAAUUUGUGUUUUUCAUCAAAUUUUUAAAAGUUUGGCCGCAAUUUCUUCAAGUGUCUGUUCUGAUGCAGUUGUUCUCGCGCCUUCUGAGGCUCCAAUUACACUUACCUUAGACCACUUGACAUUGUCCCACAGGCCUUUUCCUCCACCCUUUGUUCCCGCAAUGUUUCGGUUUGGACUGCCUCUGUUGCCCUGUCGCAAAGUUAUUGACCUUUGCUUUUGCAUGUCUAAUCUGCCGUUAAGCUUAUAAAGUUAAUUUUUCAAUUAAUAAUUUUUUUAGUCUUAAAAUUCCACUUAGUUCUUUAAUUUUAAGGUUUUAUUUCUCGUUAUAUUCAUGUAUCCUUUAACUCCUUAACCGUAUUCUCAGUAGCUUUACAAGAUUACCGCAAGCUAUUUUAUAAAGUGGUUGUACCAAUUAACACUCCCACUAGUAGUAUGUGAAAACUUUCCUUGCUCCAUAUUUUCAGCACUUAUUGUCAAAGUUCAGGUACUCCAAGUCCUCUUCACUUUCAGCAAGCAAGGUCGUGUCAUCUGUAUAAUGCAGGUUGUUAAUGAGCCCAACAACAACAACAACAUUGUCACAGUUUUUAAUACACUCUAGAGGGUGUAAUACACUCCUGUGGUUUCCAUCAGCUCUCUCUGAUUACCAAGGAAGGUGAUCACCUUUUCAUAAAUUUGUUGGCCAUCUCGAUUUCCUUUUUGUAAUGUGCCUGUUUAUGUAUUUUACGAGCUUUUCUAUUGGAUGUUGUUGUUAGGUGCCAUUGAGUCAGUUCCGACUCAGAGCAAACCUAUGUACAACAGAACAAAACACUGCCCAGUCGUGAGCCAUCUUCACAGUCGUUGAUACGUGUGAGCCCAUUGUUGCAGCCAUUGUGUCAGUCCAUCUCAUUGAGGGUCUUCCUCCUUUCUGCUGACCCUCUACUUUACCAAGCAUAAUGUCCUCCUCCAGGGACUGAUCCCUCCUGAUGACAUCAUGUCUAAAAUACGUGAGACAGAGUCUCGCCAUCCUUGCUUCUAAGGAACGUUCUGGUUAUACUUUUUCCAAUUCAGACUUGUUCAUUCUUUUGGCGGUCCAUGGCAUAUUCAAUAUUCUUCGCCAGCGCCACAAUUCAAAGGUGUCAGUUCUUCGGUCCAGCUUUCACAUGCAUAUGAGGCAAUUGAAAACACCAUGGCUUGGGUCAGGUGCACCUUAGUCUUCAAGAUGACAUUUUUGGUUUUUAACUCUCGAAAGAGGUGUUUUGCAGCAUAUUUGCCCAAUGCAAUGUGUCUUUUGAUUUCUUGACUGCUGCUUCCAUAGGUGUUGAUAAUGGAUCCAAGUAAAAUGAAAUCCUUGACAACUUCAAUCUUUUCUCUUGUUUAUCAUGAUGUUGGCUCAUUGGUCCAGUUGUGAGGAUUUUUAUUUUCUUUAUGUUGAGGUGCCAUCCAUACUGAAGGCUGUGGUCUUUGAUCUUCAUCAGUAAGUGUUUCAAGUCCUCUUUGCUUUCAGCAAGCAACGUUGUAUCACGUACGUAUUGCAGGUUGUUAAUGAGUCUUUCUCCAAUCCUGAUGCCCUAUUCUUCUUCAUAUAGUCCAUCUUCUCGGAUUAUUUGCUUAGCAUACAGAUUGACUAAGUAUGGUGAAAAGGAGACAGCCCUGACACACUCCAUUCCUGACUUUAAACCAUGCAGUAUCCCCUUGUUCUGUUUGAACAACUGCAUCUUGAUCUAUGUACAGGUUCUUCAUAAUCACAAUUAAGUGUGCUCAUGAGGAACCUGUACGUAUUAAUUAAAUUGAUGAUUAAUUUUACUUUAUGUACACACUGUUAAAUUUGGUUUGUUAGUAUUUUGUUUAGAAUUUUGUAUUCCAUCUACACCAUCUACUAGCUGCCUGACUUUGGGCAGUUAGAUUCCGAGCUUCAGUUUCCUCAUUUGUAAACUGGAGUAAUAAUAAUGCCUACUUCGUGGGGUUUUGUGAAAAGUAAGAAUAUUUAAACUCUAGGACACUAUCUGGCACACAGUAAGCACUGUGGACUCGUUUCUAUGGUAACAGGAAUUCUCUCUGUCCAUGGAUGUUACUGAGUUUCCUUUUUAAUGUUCCUCUUGUCAGGAUCUGCAGCGUGAUUGCUCUGGUGAGUUGGCGAUGGGCAUUUCUCCUCCGUUCCCUCGGAGAAUUUACAUAAGAUGGUAGUUACUUCUCCCCCAAUGUGUGGUGGAACUCGCUGGUGAAGUCCCUGAGCACGGACCUUUCUGACUGCUGACUCAGUUUAACUGGCGGCUGCAGGAUGUUCGAGCCUCUUCUUGCUGAAUGCCCCUGGGCCCCUACCUUUGCCGCCGCCUCUGCAGCUGCCCUGAACCAUGUGGCUAACUCUGGGCAGGUCGGUGAGUGGAGCUGAGGGGCGUCAUGUCACGGCCAGGUGGAGCAGAGCUGGGGUGCCACUCUGAUAGCUUCCUCCCCUCAGUGAUCUCAGUAGCCAAGCACUGGUUACACCAUAAGAUUCAGGACGCCUGCUUCUCUCCUGGUGGAAGAGAGCUCUCAUUCACCCCAGUCAGACUUCGUGGGAGUGAGAAAUAACCUCUGUCGUGUAUAUUGUUGUUAGGUGCCAUUCAAGUCAGUUCCAACUCAUAGUGACCACAUGUAAAACAGAAUGAAACACUGCCUAGCCCUGUGCCAUCCUCACAAUCGUGAUGCUUGAGCCCGUUGUCGUGCCACUGUGUCGGUCCAUCUCAUUGAGAGUCUUCGUAUUUUUCGCUGAGCCUCUACUUUACCAAACAUGAUGCCCUUCGCCAGGGACUGGUCCCUCCUGACAACAUGUCCAAAGUAUGUGCCAUCCUUCCUUCUGAGGAGCAUUCUGGCUGUACUUCUUCCAAGACAGAUUUGCUUGUUCUUUUGGCAGUCCAUGGUACAUUCAGUAUUCUUCGCCAACACCACAAUUCAAAGGCGUUGAUUCUUCUUCUGUCUUCCUUAUUCACUGGCCAGCUUUCACAUGCCUAGGAGGUGUACAUGCCAUGCUCUGAUUAUUAAUGGAUGUUUGCAGCUGUUUUCUUCUCAUUUUGAGUCGUGCCACAUCAGCAAAUGAAGGUCCCGGAAGCUUUACUCCAUCCAUGUCAUUAAGGUCGACUCUACUUUGAGGAGGCAGCGCUUCCCCAGUCAUCUUUUAAGCGCCUUCCAACCUGAGGGGCUCAUCUUCAGGCGCUAUAUCAGACAGUGUUCCGCUGCUAUUCAGAAGGUUUUCACUGGAUAAGUUUUUUCAGAAGUAGUCUGCCGGGCCCUUCUUCCCAGUCUGUCUGAGUCUGGAAGCUCAGCUGAAACCUGUCUGCCAUGAGUGGCUCUGGUGGUAUCUGAAUACCGGUGGCAUAGCUUCCAGCAUCGCAGCAACACACAAGCCCCCACAGUACGACAGGGUCAUGUAUAGCCACUGAGAUUUUGGGAU